CAAUUAGUGUGUUGUCAGUUUGUGAGUAUUUGAAAACAAGUCUUUUCUCUGUGGAAAAUCUCGUGAAAAUAGCUAUUAUUGUGGAGGAAAUUUGUGGAAAACUCAUGAGAAAUGUUUAAUAGAAAGAAACCAAGUGGAGGACAGCCAAAGGAGAGGCGAGAUCUAUCUCAGUAUGGGCUGUUCGAUAUUCCGGACAAUCUGGAGAUGGGCGGGAAGGACAAUGACGCCCUGAGCGACGGUGACAGUGACCUCGAGGCUGAACUGAUGGCGAUUACGGGCGGCGGGGGCAAGAAGAGGCAGAAGACGAGGGCUAAGGCUUCCGCUGUGAUGCCCGCGGGGGAUCUGGACGCCAUGGUGGCGGAGAGUCUGAAGGAUGUGGACACAGAUGUGGACAGUGACGAUGAGAAUGAUCCGAAUCUCUUGAGCGAGCUGGGCGACUUGACAGGAGAGGCAGUGGCGCAGGAGGAGCCGGAGCCCAAGGAAGAAGUCUUCGUGCCCACGUCGACGACAGUGAAUGUGCAGGAGAUAAUUAAGCAGCGCAUCGAGAUGUACACAAUCGCCGAGAGACAUGCAAAGGAUGCCGGAGAGGCGGGAAAGGCCAGGAGGUUUUCCAGAGGCCUGAAAACACUUAAGGACCUUCAAAAAUCAGCCAGUGCGGGCAAGAACAUCCCGCUGGAGGAUAUUCCACCAGAGGUGAGCGUGAAGCCGAGCAAGAGUGAGCCAGAGAAGGAAGAUACGCCUCCAGUGGCGCCCUCGAGAGCCGCCCCGCCGGUGCCAGUGGCUGCCAAGCGUCCUGUAGAUGCUCUCAACGAGCGUAAGGAUGAGUACAAGGCGGCGGCACUAACGGCCAAGAAGAACGGAGACAAGGCCACAGCCCUGAAGCUCGUGCGGAUCAUCAAGCAGUUCGAUGAGGUGAUUAAAGCCGUUGAGGGAGGACAGGAAGUGGAUCUGAGUGAGAUGCCACCGCAUCCCUGGGAAUUGGAUCCCGCCAUGCUGGAGUCGGCCACUCAGGAGACUCCUCAGGCGCCGCCACAGGAGCCGCCGAAGAAGGAAGAGGCGGAGACGCAGAACAAGCCCGACGAGGCAAGUGCCGAGGAGACUCUGGUUGUGGCGGGAACUGUGGAGGAGGCGCUGCAGCAGCGUCUGGAGAAGUACAAGUCAGUGGAGAAGGCGGCCAAGGAUGAGGGUAAUUCUAGCAAGGCGAGACGCUUUGGGCGGAUCGUGAAGCAGUACGAAGACGCGGUGAAGAUGCACAAGGCCGGAAAGCCGGUGCCAUUUGACGAACUGCCAACGCCACCGGGCUUCGGGCCGAUUCCCACCGGCGGCGCAGUGCCCAAGGCGACGCCGAAGGUCGAGGAGAAGGCGGAGGAGCCUUCGAAGCCUGCACCGCCACCCAAACCGCGUCCGCCGUUGAAGAAGCAAGAGUCAACGCGGGUGAGCGGCAAUCUGAUGAACACGACCGUGAUGGACAAGCAGGUAGCGGAACUGCAAAGGCGCCAGAAGGAGUUCAAGGACGCUGCCAUUGCGGCCAAGCGCUCGGGAGAGUUGGAGCAGGCGAAGGAGUAUCUGAAGAUCUUCAAGGGUUUCGACAAGCUCAUCGACACGGCGAAGGGUGGCUUCCCCGUGGACAUGGCCACGCUGCCCAUUCCGCCGGGACAGCGGGCGGCGCUCGAGGACUCCUUCGCAUUCGUGAGCGAGCAGGAUUGCGGGGAUUCCGAGGUGGGAGACAUCUUCAAGCGCCUGGAGGAGCAGCUGCAGCACCAGCUGUCCAUGUGCCGCGUCACGCGUGAGCACCACAAGAACAUGGGCGACGUUGCGGGCACGAAUCGUUUCGAGAACCUGGCGCUGACCGUGCAGAAGGAUCUGGAUGUGGUGAGAUUGGCGCACAGGAAGCAGCUGGAGCUGCCGAAGUUCCACUAUGAGCAGCGCAGCUUCAACAUUGUCAUGUGUAACACGGAUCUGACGGACAACGAGGUGGAGAUCACGGUGGUGCGCGGCAUCAACUACAAUGUACCGAAUCCGAAAGAGGUGGACACAUAUGUGAAGUUGGAGUUUCCGUAUCCGCAGGACGAUCACACAAAAGACAAAACGCCGCUGGUGAAGAACACUGACAACCCGGACUACGACUACAAGCUGAAGGUGGAGAUCGUGAGGAGCAACAAGCAGUGCCAGAGGAUCUUCAAGCGGCAUGCAAUCAAGCUGGAGGUCUUUGCUGAUCGGUGCUGCUGGGCGGGUUGUCACUGUCUGCCUCUUUGUUGUUUCAGUGGCUUCUUCCGCUCUGACCAACUCAUCGGCACGGUGAACGUGAAGCUGCAGCCCUUGGAGACCGCAUGCGAGAUUCACGAGUCCUUUGAUCUGAUGGACGGUCGGAAGAAGGCGGGAGGCAAACUCGAGGUGCACGUGCGCAUCCGCAAUCCCAUCAUCACGAAGGAGAUCAAGAAGAUCGACGAGAAGUGGCUCGUGAUUGAUACAUAG